CAGCCGAGAAGAGAAGGUAUUUGUGUAGUGUGACCAAGCAGAAUUUUUAAAGUUUUGCUGAACAAAGUGAGUGCAGAAUUCUUCGAGAAGAACUAUCGACUUUCCUAGUUGCGGAAAAUUAGUUUGAAUGAAAGCCCACGCUGAGAGCCGCGACCGUGAAAUCUCUCGAUAGUGUUGUUAUUCUCUCUAACCAGUGCCGUGUUGUCCAUCGUUGAAUUCGUUAUCUCCGUUGUGAGAUGCUCAUCAGAGUCCAGGGGCCGGACGGCCAGAAGCGAAUCGAAGUCGAAUCGGGAGAAACCACCGAGACUCUCAUGGCCAAAAUACGGAUCGCCUAUGGAUAUUUAGAUUGUGAAGUCUUCACAGCUAGAGACCACAAGACUCGUGUGCCUGUCGGCGGCAGGAGUCUUGCUCAAUGCGGACUCAAGAAUGGAGAUCUGCUCUUUGUCAGGCCAGUGUGUGAUGAGCCGAUGACGCAGGAUGUCGAACAGUCCAACGAAAAAGAACGCAUUGUAAACACCGUGGCCGCUAAGCCGGACGUUCGGCGGAAAGUUAUUGUUGCGGAAGAUGAGGUCGAUAAGAUAUUGUCAGCUCAAGACGGGCGAAUCAGCCGGUCUCGACACGCUCUGUGUAACCACAACGUCAGCACGAAAUGUGUGCUCUGCACGCCUCUCGAGCCCUAUGACGAAGCGUAUCUCAAGGAAAAAAAUAUCAAGCACUUGUCUUUUCAUUCCUACAUUAAGAAACUCACAAGUGGCGUCGAUCAGGGGAAAUUCGCGCCGCUCGAGAACAUUUCCCUCAAAAUCAAACCAAACUGCUCCCGUCAUCCGCCAUAUCCCAAAGGUAUUUGUUCGAAGUGCCAACCUAGCGCUGUGACGUUGGAUCAACAAAAAUAUCGGCACGUGGAUGCGGUUUUGUUCGAGAACAGUCAAAUCGUCAAUCGCUUCCUGGACUUCUGGAGACAAUCGUUGCUGCAGCGAGUCGGCAUACUACUCGGUCGAUAUGAAACCUACAAUGAAGUACCUCUUGGCAUAUGUGCCCGUGUCGCUGCUAUAUACGAGCCCCCUCAGAAUUCCGCACGGGACGGUUUUGAGCUUCUGGACGAUCCCAACGAGGAGACUGUCGACGAGUUAUGCGCAAAGUUGGGUCUUCGAAGAGUCGGCUGGAUUUUCUGCGACCUGCUGCCUCUCGAUGUACAAAAAGGCACUGUCCAUUAUCUCCGGGAUGUUGAUUUUAGUUAUUUAUUGUCUGCUCAAGAGUGCAUCACAGCCGCUGCCCUCCAGAACAAGUACCCGAACCCCUGUAAACUUUCGUCAGACGGGUAUUCCGGCUCGAAAUUCGUCACGGUGUGCGUGACCGGUGAUAAAAAUAACCAAAUCCAUAUGGAAGCCUACCAGGUGUCCAACCAGUGUAUGGCGCUGGUGAAAGACGACUGUCUCAUUCCCACUCAGGACGCUCCUGAAUUAGCCUGGGUCAAAGAGUCUACGCCUAAAAAAUUUGUACCCGACGUUUUCUAUAAGACGAAGGAUCGGUAUGGACUCGAAGUUCAGAAGGUAGCUCGACCUCUUCCUGUCGAGUUCUUGCUCAUCGAUCUGCCCGUGUUCUCGCCAAAUGAUUCCGUGAAUACUUUCCGGAGCGAAGGACCUCAUUUCACGGUCGAGAACCGAGCCUUCGCCAAUCAAGUACAGGAUCUGCCAGCUGUAAAUCAGUAUCUGAGGAACUUCACAGCGUCAAAAGAUCUCCUGGCUGCUUGUAGAGAUUUUCACUUUCUUCUGUAUCUCGCCACUCUGGACGUGGUACAUCUAGAGAUGGAUAAAUUACUGGAAGCGGUAAAAACUAAGAACGCAGAGGCUUGUAACACUUGGGCUGCGGAGAGCGAGCAGUGGCGAACGUUCGAGACCAUCCUCAGUUCCAUGGGCUCGAAUGACGUGGAGAUGCCCCAGAAAGAAGCCUCUCGAUCGACCUGGAACUGUGAACACUGCACAUUCACCAACGAGAGCGACACGAACACUUGCGAGAUGUGCUCCCUGCCUCGGACUUGAUGAGCGGCUGUCUAGUGAUUCGAGUGAAUGACUCCGGCUGCGCGAGUGCUUUCGGAUCGUGAUUGUCUUCGGAUUUUAUUCCGUGACAACCUCUUCGAAGUGAAAACUCGAGAGAGAAAGUGUAUCUUGGUUGAUGAGCGGAGCUUCUCGAGGAUGGCUCCGGAUAUGCCUCUGACUCGCAUCCAUCGCAGUGAAGAGUAGGGGGCGAUCGGUGCGACGGAGAAUAACGAAUAAAUUAUCUA